AAGCGGAGUGACUCAUCUUCUCGGACAUUCAGCAUCUUUGUUGGACCUGACGACUCCGUGAUGUACAUCCGGGUAACGGUGGUGACCUUGGUGGGUUAGUCGUCAUGGCGGCCAUCAUCAGAUUGAGUUCUGUGUGUCGUGCGGGUGUAAAACCUUGGUCCUUCUUCCAAAGCACCCUACUUGCCAGGCCAGCUGUUGUCCUUCACAAAGAACAUCUGCAGCCACACCGGCUGACUGCAAGGAUUCAUUCUUCGCAGCCUCUCUAUGCAGGUUCCGACUCCAAAGCCUCACUUCACUGGACAGCAGAGCGAGUGCUGAGCAUCGCCCUUCUGGCCUUGGGUCCAGUAGCUUACUUUAGCCCUGGGCCUGUCAUCGACUACUCCCUGGCUGCGGCUCUCACCCUGCAUGGACACUGGGGUAUCGGUCAAGUGUUAACGGAUUACGUCCAUGGGGAUACAAAGAUCAAGAUGGCCAACGCAGGCCUCUUCCUCCUGUCCACGGUCACCUUCGCCGGCCUCUGCUACUUCAACUACAACGAUGUGGGCAUCUGCAAAGCUGUCGCUCUGCUCUGGAGCAAAUGAAAGGGACUCUUGGACUGGCAAGCUCAGGAGGAACUAAUAUUUUGGGAGAAAACUUGUCCUGUCUAAUUGUAAAAAAAAAAAAACAAAAUUCAGCAUGUUCUUUGUAAAUUCUUGUGUCAUUUUGAAAUUACUUUGGAUGUAAUGUGUUUGUCUAAUGAAUGCUCGUAAAUUCCAGCUUGGUUUUUCCGUUGAGUUUAUUAGGCUGCAAGCUUCCAUUUUCCUCUGGAAAUAUUUUGGAAACCGCCCUUAUUCACCUUCACUCUAGGCUAAAUUCAAGCAUUUUCAUCCAAACAGCCAUGACUCUGAUCAAGUCUUACAGAAUACAGCUGUUUAACAUCUUGUA